AUGCUGCACGACCACAGCAAUGACUGCGAGGUGUUGCGCCAGCACUUCAGGCAGUUCCAGUACACAGAGGCGGCCGGGCCUCGGGAAGCUUUCAGCAGGCUGUGGGAGCUUUGCUGUCGGUGGCUGAAGCCCAAGAUGCGCUCUAUGGAGCAAAUCCUGGAGCUGCUGGUGUUGGAGCAAUUCCUAACCAUACUGCCCACGGAGAUGGAGAGCUGGGUGAGCGCGUACGGCCCGGAGAGCAGAGAAAGACUUUUGGCCCUGAUAGAAGACUGGCAGAGACAGCGCCACAUACCACCGCUGGAGGUCGACAUGCAUGACAUGCUCUUGGAAGAACUGGCUCCAGUAGGAACAGUACCCAUGCCACCAAACAUGCACCUGGAGACGUCUGCACUCCAGGGAAUGGGACCUGUCCAGGAGGCCCCAGUGACAGAGGCCUGGAUCCCACAGGCAGGGCCUCAGGAGCUGAACUAUGGUGCCGCUGGGGAAUGCCAGCCCUUUCUGGAUCCUGGACAUGCCACCCCAGAGUCUGGCUGGAGCUGCCUGCUGGAGUGCAGGGGAGAGCCAGGGAUGGCAGAGCUGCUGGGCGGCCGGCACGUGGAGCAAGCACCUGAGUCCAGGAGAGGUUUUGGAAUCGGCAGAGAAAGCAAAGGGAGUGCGUCAGCGCAGGGAAACCUGGGCAGCGUGCAGCCAUGUUUGGUUUGUUUAGACGCGAAUGCGCCUCAUGCUCCUCCACCCAUGGGCUGUGAAAAGCUGGAACCUCCGAGCGACACCGCCCCAGAGGAGCUGCUGAGCUCCUGCUGGAAGCCGGUGCACCCGCCGAGGCCCUGUGCGGCAGGGAAGCCCCUGCCCCUGGCAGCCCCCAAGCCCAGGGAUCCCCAAGAGAAACCCCAUCGCUGCGGCCAGUGUGGACAGUGCUUCACUUGCAAGAAGCGGCUGUCCACUCACCUGAAAAUCCACGCGGGGGAGCUGGGUUACAAGUGCCCCGGCUGUGAGAAGGGCUUCCUGCACCGCUCAGACCUGGACCGGCACGUGCGCAUCCACACAGGGGAGAGGCCCUACGAGUGCUCCCUGUGCCACAAGCGCUUCAUUCAGGGGGCGCACCUCACCAUGCACCAGAGAGGGCCCUGUGCCAAGGACAACUACCAGUGCCAUAAGUGCAGCAAGAGGUUUGCCAACAGGGCCAACCUGAUGGGACACCUGAAAACUCACACGCAGGAGAAACGUCACGAGUGCCACAGCUGUGGGAAGCGCUUCAAUCGGCGGACGGCUCUCACUCUGCACCAGAGGACGCACACCCAGGAGAGACCGUUCUCCUGCCAGCACUGUGAGAAAAGCUACAGACAGCGAUCCAGCCUCAUGAUCCACCUGAGGAUCCACACCGGGGAGAAGCCCUACAUCUGCAGCCACUGUUCCAAGAGCUUCAUAAAGAAAGCAGGCCUCAUCGCGCACCAGGCGGCGCACUUCAGAGAAGGGUUCCCUGGGAACCCGCCGCAGGAGGGAAUGAGUCCCGAGCCAAGUGACAGUAACCCCACAGGGGCUGCGCCUGCCUGUGCUGGGCUGGGGCCGGAGGACGCUCUGGUCUGA